GAGGAGUUGAAGCAUUGGUAAGUUUACUUGAUUCAAAAGUAGAACACGUCCUGGUAAACACAGUCAACGCCCUUCGCGUUUUAGUUGAAGCAAACAUGGAAAACCAGACUAAAGUUGCUAACAGCGAUGCAGUAUCUGUACUAAUAGAUCUACUGGGUACUUACUCCAAGAAGCUUCAAGCCAACACGGCUGCUUGCCUGUCUGCAUUAGUCAAGCACCACCUUGACAAUCAAAAUAUCGUCAUUGCGAAAGGUGCUGUUCAACCACUAGUCAAGCAGCUUCGUAACACCAGCUCAUUGUGUCAAGUGAAAGCUGCCAGUGCUUUAGAGUCAUUGGCUGAGGACAAUCCUGAAGCGCAAGGGAUUAUUGAUCAAGCUGAUGCAGCCAAGCCUUUGAUAAGACUGCUGAAGGUCUGGUCUAUUGAGGUCAAAGAGCAAGCUGCCGGUGCAUUGUGGGCACUAGCAGGGUCAAAGCACCAUCAACAGCAGGUCAUAGCCAGUCUUAUUGGUGUCAAUGUGUUAGUGGAUAUGUUGAUGCUCAAGUCAGAAGUGCUACAGUAUAUUUCAGGAAUGGCGAUCAUUGCACUCGGAACGGAAAACAUCGAAAAUCAGAACAAAAUCGUUGCUGGUGGCGGUGUGCAGCCAUUAGUGAGAUUACUGAGAUCUGGAAAAACCUCAGAAAAGGUUCUUUUGAUGGUAAUUCGUGUGUUGGGAAUACUUUGUGUUGGACCUGCACAUCAGUCCAACAAGUCAACACAGAUGGAAAUCGCUAAUGCAGAAGCCUUGAUAACACUCGUUAAGUUACUCAGAAAUUCCAAAGUUUCUCUUGUUCAGGUUGAAACUGCAAUUUGUAUUGCUAAAAUUGUUUUGAACAACAACCAAACACAAAAGAUUUUAUCGGAGCAGACCAAGUUCACAGUGGUUGACAUCAUGCACUUACUGAAGGACACUGACCAAGAAGUUAGGCUCAAAGCGGGAAUGGCGCUCUCCACAUUUGGAUACAAUAACACUGGUCAGCAGUAUGCUAUCAAAAAGGCUGGAGGAUUACUUCUGAGUUCAUUUGAAGAAUUCUUAUCAUCAGACGAAAACUUGCACCAGGCACACGCGGCCUUUCAGAUCAUUAUCCUUGCGCGUGUGAUAGGAGACUGUGACCAAGUGACGUUGACAGCACGUGGGGUUGAGAUGCUGGUGUCGUUGCUUCGUUCAGAAGACGACGCGACGAAAGUGUUGGCCGCAAGUCUGACGGCAAGUCUUGGUCAUUCUCGUGCAGGGAUUCCUGACGCCCUCAUUACAGCAGGUGCUGUAGAAUCGUUGCUAAAAAGCUUGUUUUCCGAAAACGAUCGAGUUCGUAUCAGUGCAGCUGUUGCCCUGGGGUAUCUGUCGUUUAAUCGUACGGCAGAACGAAUGAUGCUGGUAUCGUGUCGCAAUACACCAGGGCUGUUUGAUGCUCUAAUAUCAAAUCUAGGCGGUGGAAAAGUUGCCAUGGUAUUUAUUGAUGAUUGGAAAGAGACCAAGUCUGUUGGACUUCCAUCAGAAAGUCUUGAGAUCAACGGAGGACCACCAGUUCCAACAAAGCUUCCACAUGGGGAGG